GCACCGCUACAGAUACACAUCGCUACAGCUACACACCGCUACACACAGCUACAGCUACACACCGCUACACACAGCUACAGCUACACACCGCUACACACAGCUACACAAAGUUACAAACCGCAACACACAGCUACACUGUUACAGCUUCGGGUAUAGCGACAGCUCCAGUUCACACACACUACACAGCCUUAGCUACACCCAGCUGUAGUCUCAACUGCAUUCAGCUACAGUCGUAGCCAUAGAACAGCUACAGCCUCGGGGACGGCUACACACAGUCACAUGCUGCUGUAAUCUUAUCGUGUUAUACAAUUACAGAUAUAGCAGUUGCUUGAUACAGUUAAAGUUUACGGCUACAUCCAUAUACAGGGCAUCUCUACAACCAUAGCCACACACUGAAGCUACAGCCUGAUACAGCCAUAGCUCCGCAAUACACAGUAACUCCGAGAGCCCCGUCCAGCUGUAAUCUUCCAUAGCACAUUUACAGGACGGCUACAACCAUACCCACAUACAACUACAGCCGUAUAGGAGGAGGGCUACAACCAUACCCACAUACAACUACAGCCGUAUAGGAGGGCUACAACCAUACCCACAUACAACUACAGCCGUAUAGGAGGGCUACAACCAUACCCACAUACAACUACAGCCGUAUAGGAGGAGGGCUACAACCAUACCCACAUACAACUACAGCCGUAUAGGAGGAGGGCUACAACCAUACCCACAUACAACUACAGCCGUAUAGGAGGAGGGCUACAACCAUACCCACAUACAACUACAGCCGUAUAGGAGGAGGGCUACAACCAUACCCACAUACAAUUACAGCCGUAUAGGAGGAGGGCUACAACCAUACCUACAUACAACUACAGCCGUAUAGGAGGAGGGCUACAACCAUACCCACAUACAACUACAGCCGUAUAGGAGGAGGGCGGCUACAGCAACUGCUACAGCUCUUGGGAUACAGCUACAGCUGUAGCUCCGGAUACAGCGACCACUCCUGCAACAGGGACAGCUGCUGCUGCAGCUUACAUCGACAGCCUCUUCCGAACAGCUACAUCUACAAUCGCAGCUGUAUCGACAACCACAGCCUCGACGACAGCUGCAGCAGCAGCAGAGAUGACGGAAUAAGGCGGCCGGCGAGUGUGCCAACACAAUAAACAGGCCUGGACCCGCAGUCAUGUCGACGGUGGAACCCAUGGAUGUGCGGUUUGGCCGCCUGGAAGGGAUGGUCAAGGACCCCCGCUCAGAAGUAAACGCCGAGGGGCUGCUGGAUGGCCUCGACGCGCUGGUGCUAGAUUUGGACUUCCCCGCGCUUCGCAAAAACAAGAAUAUCGACAACUUCCUCAACAGAUACGAGAAGGCGGUGGGGAAGGUGCGGGACCUGCGCAUGAGAGCCAAUGACUACGAUGUGGUGAAGGUGAUCGGGCGGGGAGCCUUUGGCGAGGUGCAGCUGGUUCGUCACAAAGCCACCAAGAAGGUGUACGCCAUGAAGCUGCUGAGCAAGUUUGAGAUGACAAAGCGAUCUGACUCGGCAUUUUUCUGGGAGGAGAGGGACAUCAUGGCCUUCGCCAACAGCCCCUGGGUCGUGCAGCUGUUUUACGCGUUCCAAGACCACCGCUAUCUGUACAUGGUGAUGGAGUACAUGCCGGGCGGAGACCUCGUCAACCUCAUGAGCAACUACGACGUCCCCGAGAAGUGGGCGCGUUUCUACACGGCCGAGGUGGUGCUUGCCCUCGACGCCAUCCACUCCAUGGGCUUCAUUCACAGGGACGUGAAGCCGGACAACAUGCUGCUGGACAAGAACGGACAUCUCAAGCUUGCUGAUUUUGGCACCUGCAUGAAGAUGGACACCGAGGGCAUGGUGCGCUGCGACACGGCGGUGGGCACUCCGGACUACAUCUCCCCCGAGGUUCUCAAGUCGCAGGGCGGGGACGGCUACUAUGGACGCGAGUGUGACUGGUGGUCCGUGGGCGUCUUCCUCUACGAGAUGCUCGUCGGUGACACGCCAUUCUACGCGGAUUCGCUCGUCGGCACCUACAGUAAGAUCAUGGACCACAAGAAUGCCCUCAACUUCCCCGAUGAUGUGGACAUAUCUAAGGAUGCCAAGAAUCUCAUCUGUGCCUUCCUCAUCGACCGAGAAGUGCGGGUCGGGAGGAAUGGGGUUGGGGAGAUCAAGAGACACCCCUUCUUCAAGAACGACCAGUGGACGUGGGAGAACAUCAGGGAGACGGCUGCACCCGUGGUGCCAGAGCUGGUGAGCGACACGGACACGAGCAACUUUGACGAGAUUGAGGAGGACAAGGCGGAGGACGAGACCUUCCCCGUGCCCAAGGCAUUUUCCGGGAACCAGCUGCCCUUUGUGGGCUUCACCUAUUACAGCGACUACCAGUUGUUCAGUGUGAAUGGCACGGAGGUGAACCGCGCAUUAAUGAACCAGCCCCGUCAAAGCAGUGUGGAAAGUAAUAGAGAGGUUGACAAACUCCACCAGAAGGUUUAUCAGCUGGAGGAGCAGCUGCACAAUGAGAUGCAGGCGAAGGAUGAGAUGGAGCAGAAAUACCGGAACACAAACAUUCGGUUGGAAAAGAUCAUGAAGGAGCUUGAUGAAGAGACGGCCACUCGCAAGAGCGUGGAGGUGCAGGCACGGCAGAUGGAGCGCGAGAAGGCACUCUUGCAGCAUAAAGUGGCGGAAAACCAGCGCAAGGCGGACGCCGAGGCCGAGAAGAGACGCAACGCCGAUAACGAAGUGGCUAGCUUGAGGGAGCAGCUGGAGGAGAUGAAGCGGCGCAACCAGAGCUCCCACGCGUCGAGCGAGAGGGUCACUCAACUGCAGAAACAGCUCGAGGAGUCGACGGCGCUGUUGCGCGCGGAGACGGAGGCCGGUGCGCGAGCACGCAAGGCGCAGGCCGAGGGUGCAAAGCAGGCCAGUGCCCUGGAGGCAGCGAACCGAGAGCUGGCGGAGCGGAUGCGUGGCCUCGAGGCGGCCCGCCUGCGCCAGGACAAGGAGGUGCUGACGCUGCAGGCUGCAGUGGAAACGGAGAGGAGAGACCGCACGCACGGCACCGAGAUGAAUGCCGACCUGCAGGCACGCAUCAGCUCCCUGCAGGACGAGGUGAAGGAGCUGAAACUUGCUGUGUCACGGACCGAGGCUGAGAAACGGCAGCUUCAAGAUAAACUCAGCAAUGUGGAGAAGGAAAAGAACAGUGUGCAGAUAGAGCUCAACUACAAGCUGAGCACCCUGCAGCAAAGCUUGGAGCGAGAGGUGGCGGAGCACAAGGCCACCAAGGCCUGGAUCGCCGACAAGAACCGGAAGUACGAAUCCAUCGAGGAGGCCAAGUCCGAGGCCAUGAAUGAGAUGGAGAAGAAGUUGUCGGAGGAGCGGGCGAUGCGCCAGAAGGCGGAGAGCCAGCUGGUGGAAGCGGAGAAGCGCUGCUCCAUGCUCGACUUUGACCUAAAACAGGCAGUGCAGCGUGGGGAGCAGCUGGGACGGCACAAGGACAAGCUCGACAAAGAGCUCAAGGACCUGCUACUGCGGAUGGAACAGGAGAGCCAGAAGCGGCAGCUGACAGCCACUGACCUCAAACAGCAGUCGCAGCAACUGGGUGGGCUGCGUGCCAGCGAGAAGGCGCUCAAGCAGGAGCUAAACCUGCUGAUGGGCGAGAAGCAGGCACUGGAGAAACAGCUGGCCGAUAUGCGAAAGGAGAGGUACGAGACCGAUGGGCAGAUGCGUGAACUUCAGGACCAGCUGGAGACCGAGCAGUAUUUCUCUACGCUGUAUAAGACUCAGGUGAGGGAGCUCAAGGAGGAGUGCGAGGACAAUCUCAACACCACCAAGGAGCAGCAGCAGCGCAUGCAGGAGAUGCUGGAAGAGAGGGACUCGCUGGCGGCGCAGCUGGAGAUCACGGUGACCAAGGCGGACUCAGAGCAGCUGGCGCGCUCCAUCGCGGAGGAGCAGUACUCGGACCUGGAGAAGGAGAAGAUCAUGAAGGAGCUGGAGAUCAAGGAGAUGCUGAGCCGCCACAAGCACGAGAUGGCUGCCAAAGACCACACCAUCACUUCGCUAGAGGAGGCGUACAAGACGCUCACGGCCGACGUGACUGCGCUCGCCAAUGACAAAGAGGAACUCAAUAACCGGCUCAAGAAAAUGCAUGACGAAAUGCUUCACGUGGAGGAGGAGGAGAGGGAUAUCGUUCAGCUCAAGGCUCAGUACGAGAAGCAGCUGCAGACGGAGCGAACACUCAAGACUCAGGCCGUGAACAAGCUUGCCGAGAUCAUGAACCGCAAGGACAUAAGGCUGGAUCGGAAGCGCGGCAGCAGCACCGACCUGAAGCGCAAGGAGAAGGAGAACCGCAAGCUCCAGCUGGAGCUUAACCAGGAGCGCGAGAAGUUCAACCAGCUGGUCACCAAGUACCAGCGCGAGGUCAACGACAUGCAGGCCCAAAUCGCCGAGGAGAGCCAGAUGCGCAUCGAGCUGCAGAUGGCGCUGGACAGCAAGGAUAGUGAUAUCGAGCAGCUGCGGCAGCGACUACAGGCACUGCAGGUCGGCAUUGACACCACAAGCAUCGGUAGCGGCCAUGGGGACGGCGCCGACGACGACUCGCUGCAGGGGGGACCCGAGACGCGUCUGGAGGGCUGGCUCUCUGUCCCAAACAAGAAUAACAUCAAGCGCUACGGCUGGAAGAAGCAGUACGUGGUGGUGAGCAGCAAGAAGAUCCUGUUCUACAACGACGAGCAGGACAAGGAGCUCUCCACUCCCUACAUGGUGUUGGACAUCGACAAGCUGUUCCAUGUGCGGCCGGUGACGCAGGGCGAUGUCUACCGCGCUGAGGCCAAGGACAUUCCCAGGAUAUUCCAGAUCCUCUACGCCAACGAGGGCGAAAGCCGCAAGGAGCUGGAGUUCCCGCUGGAGCCGCUGGCGCCGCUCAGCGAGAAGGACCGUGAUGUGUGCGUGCCGCACAAGGGCCACGAGUUCAUCCCCACCAUCUACCACUUCCCCGCCAGCUGUGAGGCCUGCACCAAGCCGCUGUGGAACAUGUUCAAGCCGCCACCUGCACUUGAGUGCCGGCGCUGCCACGUCAAGUGCCACAGGGACCACCUGGACCGCAAGGAGGAGGUCAUAGCGCCCUGUAAAGUGAACUUCGACGUGGCGUCGGCCAAGGACAUCUUGCUGCUGGCCGGCUCGCCCGAGGACCAGAAGAAGUGGGUGAAUCGCCUCGUCAAGAAGAUUCCCAAGAAGCCUCCGGCGAUGGAGGGUGGUGGUGGCGGCUCGACGCUUGUGCGCUCCUCCCCGCGCUCGUCCAUUCGUGUUCAGGUCAACCAGAGCUUCCGGCGCAGUAGCCGCCAGCUGGCACAGCCCAAGCCCAGCUAACCGGGAUUCCUGAUGGUGGUGACGGCAGCCAAGGAAAAAGAGGUGGCUGCUGCUGCUGCGCCUCUCGUGGAUUACCCAGCACAGGGCCCUCGUAGGGCCCGCCUUCACCAGCGCUUCCACAAGUAACAAGCCAAUAAUUAACAUGAUUUAUAUAUAAAUAUACGAGAAUUCGUUUUGCCCAUGAGAACAUGUGAGCGAAAGUGAGAAGAUUGCGCGAGGAAAAAUUUUCAUGGAAAACGAGACUGCGCAUAAAUGAGAAGUGGCGAUUGCACAUGCGGUGCCAAGCACGGGGGGAAUACCUCGCUCCAAACCGCCUUGCGUGAGCGAGCCGGGUCCCCCCAGUCCUGAACACUGCCGCUGUCCCCACCACCGUCACCCGUUUUCAGAGUGGGUGCUGCCAAACGUGACUGCAAGCGCCUAUUGAGGCGACACGACGCGGCGGGAAUGGAAGCCGGGAACGUUGGGGAAAAGUUUUUUUUACAAAGCGGCGAUGGUUGUUUCCACGGUUGGCUCACCCGGUGAGUGAGAUGCUGCGGACGGUGCGGCCUGCGUCGCUGGUGCAGUGAGCGUGGGACGGGCGCCGUUGCCCGUACUGGGCCAGGUGUCCUUGAGCUAUGCAGUAAUGACCUCCCCCGGCAAGUCACGUUGACUUGCGCUGCAUCGUUAAGCCCACUGCAAACGCCAAUCAGUUAUGUAGAGCAGUUACAGAGAAAUAUUAACUGGAACAGGGAAGUUUGUUUUAUUAUAUUCUGCUGUUUUAUAAUAUAUCUUUUCUAAUAUGUUUGCAGAAAGGUCAUUGUGUUGUCGCCUUACAGCCUCGAGCAAUGAUCUGCGUCGUCGCGCGUGUGCAAAAUUUGAACUGAAAUGCAGCGUUUAUGUUAAGUUUUUACCAGUUAGCCUGCUGUCGCGUGUAACGCACGCCCAGCUUUGUGUGUGUGCGUGCGCGCCUCCCGUGGGCCCAAAAUGCUCUGAAUGAAAUUGGGGAAGACGAUCGAGGGAUGGAAAGCAGGGCUGUUGCUGCCUGUUGACCUGCAGCGCCUAAACACAGAGAUGAUGGCAGCUGCUCUUCACGACCCCACAGCAGCCAUUCGCGAUGCCUUCACAUGACCAUCUAAGGUGCUGCUUUGCCCAAGUUGGGACCAGGGCAAGGUUUUAGCAGCAGCUAGGGACUGAGAAACUCCUGCUUUUUGCUGCCUUUGAUUGCUUUCCCAACAACAGUGACCGUUGACUUGUGUGGUUAGCCGGCUGCUGGCUGAGGACACUUGUGCUGGAGGCAUGAUGAUCAUGGGAAGUGAAGGAUUAUUUCUCAUCACCAACAAUAAUUUACAGCCCUUUAGCAAUCCACUGCUGGAUGAACGCUUGUAUGUUGAACUUGAACUUAUUUUGCACCGUACGUAGCCAACCAUCUAAUCAGAGGUGCAGCCUGCCCACACCGUAUGGGUUAUGGGGGCUGUUUGACCAUACUUCACCACACUGGUCAGUUCAGGCUGAAGGGCGAUUCACCAGGCUUUUAGCGACCAGUCUAAUGCAGAAAUACGAUUUUACUGUGUCCAUGCUCCCAUGCCAUCAACCAUGAGGCAUAGGUAACCAUAAUGUUAUGGUGGCUCCCAGCUGCAUCUUUCCAAUUAUGUAGGUACCACUUGCUAUGCAGACUCUUAACACUGAAUCAUUCCAUAACUCUCCUGGGUCUCUGUACUUGGCGAGAGACUCCGCUAAGUUUAUGUCGCUGUAAUUCUCUCCGUCGGCUUUUGGUCAAGCGAGUCCCAUUUCCUAUUACACUGCGCCAACAUGAUUUCACGCCUGCACACGACCCGACCCCCAGCAGCCAACUUCCACGGCAAACAGCGAUACGCGUUUCUGUAUUUUAAAUUGCAAAUUGUUUAUUUUAUGUAUUUUUUUUUUUACUUUGUCCUAAAUAUGCCUUUGAGACCAUGACAACUUGUAUCGAUGGAAAAGCGAAGAUGUAUUUUGUAAAAUGCCCCUGAAGGAACAAAAUGUUAGUGUUUGGGUCCAAUAAGCGUUUCACCACUGCCCAGUGCCACAUACACCCCCAUCAGUGGAGAGCAGUCUACUGGCACUGCCUUGACAUGCAUCACCUUACGUUAAUGCCACAGACCUAAGACCCAUAGUUGCUUUCGUAGCACAUAGUACUCAGCCCUGUGCUAAUAGCGCAGACUGAAUACCUAUAACCCCCACGUGACCCUGCCCCCAAUGGCCCUGAUUGUAUUGGCUCCUGCACAGAGCACAUAAACAGACGUGGGGCAAACUGUGGUCUCUCUUGACCCCAUACCUUGCAAUACCCCCAUCUGCUGGGGGUGGGGACCCCAGUACCCAAUAAGCUGGCACAAGGGUUCGUGGUGGGGGAUUAGGUUUGGGGUCCUGGAUCCUGUGAACACCAAUAUUGAGAUGCGAGCAAAAUGUGAAAAUGGGGCCAGUGAAGUGCAGGGGGUUAAAAUAGGAUUGGGGUCAGUGUAAGGUUAGUCAGAGUUAAGGACAGAAGGCGAUUUGUAGUGGCUGGAUGGCUAGUUGGUUAAGGCCAUUACUAGUGUAUGGUUGGAUACCUGGUAGGGUUAAGGAUACAGUACAAGUGUGUGAUUGGCUAGUCGUGCUCUGUUACUCAUCGACCUUCAGUUUUUGGCCGCACUUGGUUUCUGGUGUUCACAGCUCUGGGCGCACAGCAGAGAGACGUUUAAUUAGUGACCGAGCGCAGGGGCCUCAAUAUUGAGGCUCUUGCAAUUUUGGGCCGAGCAAGCUCCCUGCCAAAAAGAUGAAACAAAAAAUCUAAAUUGACCCCAUGAUAUGACCCCCUGACAGCAUCAAUCUUCCAGGACCUGGGAGAGUCAAAAGUUUGUGCUGCUCCUGUUUGCAGAGGUGACAAAAAAAUAAAACUUAAAAAGACUCCUGAGCGAGCAACUGCUGAGGGCGCACGGUCGGGGGUCAUGCCUGGAUUCCAGAUAACUUGCAGCUCCAGGGUUGGUCUCAAGUCAGUGCCACUUCCUGCCAUGUGCUGCAUUGGUUAUCAGCAAAGCAUAAACGAGUGAAGUCAGUGGCCCCAAAUGCUAUCAUAUGUCGAGACAUUGCUGGAAAGAUUGUCUCGUUUGCACUAGGCAUUUCUGGAUAAACUAUUACCACUAUUGCAUUAUCUGUAUAAGUAUGUUUCCAACAUUAAUGUUUGGCACC